AUUAUAAAAUAUUGCUACUAUUUCAUUAAACUUGCAUUGUUUUUUUUUUAGACAAUAUUAUGUCGUGUUGCUUAAAAAUCGGUGAUAUUAAUGCUCAAGCUAAAGAUGAUUUUCUUAAUUGAAGAAAGGUAAAUGUUUUGAUGCCCCUUUACUUAAUACUUAUUAUUCGAAAAUAUAGUCCUUGUCUCUACAUUUUUGUUUCAUUAUCAGCCGAUUUCUCAAUAUCAUGUUAAGUUUUAACAUUGAGCUGAUUUGAUGUUUAGAUAACUAAUUUGUGUUUACUUUAACUUUACCUUAUAGAUUUCAAGCUAACCUAACAUUGAGAAAUCCGCCGCGAGAAGUGAUUUUGCUUGAUAAGCUUGAAAGCAUCAUAAAGCAAACACCGACUUCAACAUUGAAUAGGCGCAAGUGUCAAUUUUCCUAUAUAAGUACUCAAAAACAGGAUCUCCGGUAUAAUUUUUGUCAAAUCAAUUUUUGUACUGCCUUAAAAAUGGACAGCGGUCGUCAACGCACUUGCAAGCGAGUGUGCGUCACCUAUUUUCUUUCAUUUGUGCUGCUCUCAGCCUUUUUCUACUACCUAAUGGCGCACAACAGCAGGAACAACGCUGGACUAUCGCGGCUUCGUGAGGAUGUGGACGAUAUAUCGCACAUGCUUCGCCAGCAGCAGAUGGAGAGCAAAGACGCCCACAUCUCUGGUGGAGAGCCAAAGGGACUGGGAAUGGGAACGGGAUUCGGAUCGGGCAGGUGCGACAACCGGGAGGUGAACGCCUACGUUGACACCUUGUUCAAGCGCAAGAUCGGCCAUCUGAUGGACGACGUGUACAACCUGAAGAAGCAGAUGAAGAGCGCCGAGUGCUCCGCGCGUGGUGACCAGUCCAAAAGUGCAAAAAGUGAGUCCGUCUCGGUGGCGAAGGCUCGCAUUAACUACGCUAGCGAGGAACUGGGUGCCAGGAUCAUCAACGUGGAUGCCAGGCCCAUCGGGGGCAGCAAUGUGAUUAGGACGCUUCUUGGACUUGAUUUCUGCGCCAAUCCGCCGGUAAACAUGCUGCGCCCGAGCCUUUCUCCGGGAUCCUGCUUCGGGUUCAGUGGCAGUCGGGCCACAGUGACCCUGCACCUGGCCAAGUCCAUCGACGUGGAGGUCAUUGCCCUCACUCAUGUGGCUCGCGAAAUGACGCCCUCGCUUUGCGUGAAGAGUGCCCCCAAGGACUUCGAUGUCUCCUAUUUUUUGCCAGGGUCUGACGGCGGACAAGUCCAAGCGGGAGCUUUUGGGACAGUGGACCUUCGAUAAUGCGGCCAACCGGCGAACGCAGAGCUACAGUGUGCAUAACGAUCACUUCUUUAGGAGGCUGUCGUUCCAAUUCAAUUCGAACCACGGUGCGAAUUCAACCUGCAU